UUCAUCAGGUGGUGGUGGAAACAGGUAUCAGUGACUUGUCCACUGUGAAAAGAAUCCUGACCGGCCUGGUGUGCGGAGGCCGAUCAAGAAGCUCAAGUGAAGUCCAGCAUUCGUUAUAUUAAAGCAUUAACUGCAUUGUAAGACAGACCCCAAUAAUUAGCUCUUAUUCGGGUGUUUUGUCAAACGAUGGCCAAAUCCUCAUCGGAUUCCGGCAAAGGCCGAUCGUUGAUGUGCUAUGAAAAGCUGGAAUCCUGUCGCACUUACGCCGACCCGGAAAUCCUUGCUGAUGAUCGCGCCCUGGAAAACCUGAUUUCUAUGCAAGAUUUCUACACUCCUCGAAUGGAUUAUUUCGAGAAAGUUCAAAACGAUAUCAAGCCGUAUAUGCGAAAAAUCGUCGCCAAUUGGAUGUUGGAGGUUUGUGAGGAACAAGGGUGUCCAGAGGAGGUUUUCGCUUCGGCGACGAAUUACAUGGACAGAUUUUUGUGCACUACGGUGAUCAAGAAGUCAACUUUCCAGUUGAUUGGCACAACGUGUCUCCUGGUCGCCUCCAAAGUGUGGAUGAAGGAUGCGCUCAAACCCAGAGACCUCGUCAUGUACACAGACGACUCCAUCAGCCACGAUCAGCUCAUGUGCUGCGAAUUGUUGGUGUUGGCUCGACUUCGGUGGGACCUGAAUGCCACAACAGGUCACGACUUCGUUGACCCCAUAAUUUACCGAUUAUCCCAACUCUUGCUCACGUUGAUGCCGUUCGUGGACACUGAGCAGAUCCGUUUGCACGCCCGUGUUUUCAUCACCUUGUGCGCCACUGAUCACAACUUUUCUCGACUGCCGCCUGGUUUGGUGGCGGCAGCAGCCGUCGCCGCCGCCGCUCACGGACUCUACUAUUCAAAGUUCGCGGCGGCGACGUCAGUGGCGCCUCGGAGACGGUCGUGUCACGAGGAAGACAUGGUGGCUGUCGAUGACGAAGACGUGGACAUGGACGUGCCAGGGUUUCGGUUCGGCGACGACAGCGACGAGGACCGGAUGUUGUGCAGCACGACGUCGACGAUGACGUCUUCAACGUCGGCCGUCGCCUUUGGCCUGAAGGCGUCGUCCACGGGGUGUCGAUCCCUCGACGACUCUGGCACUUGCAGCAUCGUCAACGGGUUUGACGGUGACGAGAAUGCCAUGCCAACACCGCAGUUCGUGCUCGACUGCCUCCUCGUCCGCCUCGAAGACCUCACCAAAUUCCAUUCCAAAUUCAGCGUUAUGAAGGAAAAUUACUUGGCGAUCAUGUCUCUUCGAAUGCUGGUGUUAACUUGA